AUGUCUGGAAGACACAUAAACGUUUCUCAGUUUCUUGAGAAUCUCAACUCUAUUGACGAUUCGCUUGAUUACGGAUCCAGCUCAAACUCGCCUGCUGGCCAUGCGGGUCACGCAGACGGCUCGGUUGAGUCAAUUUCGGCCAAUGUUGGUUCCGGACCAAAUUCAAGAUCCGGACUAGGAAGCAGCAAUAAUAACAAUGGCGGCCAUGGAGUAGGAAGCUCAAGCUCUAAUAACGGCGAUGAAGAGCUUGCUAUUUUCGCCAACACUCAAUUUUUUGAUUUCGAUAUGGGCUGCUCAACCGAUAUUGCCGCUACCAUGGAUGACCUUCUCAUGCAACAAGAGCAACAGCUCCAAUGCUCAAAGGGUGCCUUUAACAAUGGUGCUUCAUCUUCAUCUUCUUCAGGACCUUCUUCAUCAUCUUCUUCUUCGUCUUCCUCAUUAUCAUCAUCAUCUUCUUCUUCUUCAUCUUCUUCAGUACCUCUUCAAAAUUCUUUUCUUUUCCAACAACACACUUCUGCGGACCUUACUUUUGAUUUGGGCAACCUUCAGCAAUUUUCACUGGCUAAUGAAUUACUACCACUUUCGGCCAACUCCCCCACAUCUUCUCUUCACGGUUCUUCUAACACGACUGGGACCUUGUCUAACGCAAAUCCACAACAGGUGAGCUUCAGUAACUCCAGUGCCAGCUACCUUCAACAUCAAUUUACCGAUCCGUUGACUCUUUCCACACAACCUCGUCUUUCUCAUCUUGUUGCGUCGCCUGCUCUCAACUCUAUGAUUAAUCACCAGCAACCAAACUCUCACAGCCAAUUCCAUCAUUUGCAACCUCAGCUCCACCAGAAUUCAUUUAUUCAAAAUCAACAGCAGCCUCAACAACAGCCGCCUCAACAGCAACAACAACAACACCGCAAUAAGGUUUUGGUCUCAUCGCCUCAAGUUUUGCCCAAACUUGAACAUCACACCUCUCCAGCUGGACCUAUUACCUCACCUUCUCCAGUUUCUCACUCGACUAACUCUACUUCUCUUUCUCCUUCCUCUCCUCUUGCCAAUAACGUUACUUCCUCAACUAGUCCUAUCUCUGUAUCUUCCUCUUCCUCUCCUCUUGCUAAUAAUGUUGUUCCCUCAACCAUCCCAAUUGUUGUUUCUCCAGCCAAGUUCCAUAUUUCUGCUCCUACACAUGCACCUAGUAUACCUGACUCACCUGUUAGGAAGGAUGAAACGAUAGCUGUGCCUCCCCCUAACUCUAAGCGGAGACGUACUGGUACUUCUUCUUCUGUGAGUGUUUCUAGCACUGCAGAGAAGGUGGCUUCAAUUUCUGCUAAGGCCAAGGCAGCAGCAGCUGAGGAAGCUGCUGCCGCUGCCGCUGCUGCUGCUGCUGCCGCUGUCUCUGCUGCUGCUGAUUUGGCAUCUGCUUCUUCAGAGACUGAAGAAAUAGAUUCUAAGAACUUGACUCCAGAAGAAGACAAGCGUCGUCGCAACACUGCAGCUUCAGCUCGUUUCCGUGUUAAGAAGAAACUUCGUGAGCAGCAGAUGGAGCGCACAGCUAAAGAUCUUCAGGAGCGUGUUCAUUCUCUUGAGACGAAGAUUAUGCAACUUGAGAUGGAAAAUAAGUGGUUGCGCAAUCUUGUUGUUGAGAAGAAUGAAGCUCGUGAUAUGACUGAGCUUUUUGACAUGAAAAAGAAGAUCAUGUCGGAGACUACCAUGUCUAAGGUCAAUGCCAAAGUGAAAUGA